AUGUCUUCCGAAGAUGACUUCCUCGGGUUCGGGGAUACCUUCAAAGAUCCCGAAGGCUUCUACCCGCCUGAGAAAGAGCCCACCUUCGCGGAGCAUCAGAUGCUCUCAGGCGAGACCGUGCGCGUGCGCCUGGUCGGCAGCCAUGCUCUCUACGGCGACCUGCUGUGGAACGCCGGCCGCACGAGCUCCACCUACCUAGAAGAACACGCCAGCAGACUUGUCGAAGGGAAAGAUGUAUUGGAGAUCGGCGCCGCUGCUGGUGUUCCCAGCAUCAUCAGCGCAGUCAAGGGAGCCCGCACCGUCGUCAUGACCGAUUACCCCGAUCCGGAGCUGGUGGAAAACAUGCGACACAACGCCUCGCUGGCGGCGCCGAUGAUCCCCAGCUCGUCAUCCCUUCACGUCGAUGGAUAUAAAUGGGGGAAUCCGGUAGAACCACUGUUUGAAUAUCUGCCUGAGGGAGGGAAGGGGUUUGAUCUCUUGAUCAUGGCGGAUGUCGUGUACAACUAUCCCGAGCACCCCAACCUAAUCAAGAUCAUGCAGCAAUGCCUGAAGAAGACAAGCGACGCGGUCGCGCUGGUAGUCUUUACUCCCUACGAGCCCUGGUUCCUUCCCAGGACGCAGACUUUCUUUCCGCGGGCGGAGAAUAGUGGGUUUGAGGUCACCAAUGUAUUCGAGAAGGUUAUGGAUACGGUUUUGUUCGAGAACGACCCAGGUGACGAAUUGCUUCGGAGGACGGUGUUUGGGUAUGAAAUCCGAUGGGCUCCGGAUCAAUUAAAAUGA